AUGGUCCUCUCAAUCCUCAUAGCCACAAUCGUAGCCCCCGGCCUCCUCGGCUCCCAAGAAGCAAUCCGGCAAUCACAAUCCAAAGAGAAGCGCGAAGAACACCGCGCCCGCCGCUGCAACCUCAUCGCCACAUGCGUCAAGUCUUCUCAUCGCAGCCGCGAGAUCGAUGGUCGGCAAGUCGUCCUGAGAAACGGGAAGCUCUGGAUCGAUACCGGGACAGAAGAUGGAAGUCCACUGGGUCAUCCUUAUGCUGGGUAUUACUUACCGUACCCGGAUACGAGUUACGAAGGGCUUGUGACGACGAUUACAGAUGUAGCGCCGAUUAUGAACUGGGUGUAUGUUGACAAAGAGACGGGAGAAGCGAGAUACGGAGUGAGAGCUGAUGCGCAACCGCAUCUCACAGGCCCAUUCGAUUGCACGCGUCAAGAUCGGCGACUCACGUUCGAUGGAUGGGAGGGCUGGUGUGCGGUUGAACAAGCACCCGGGCUAUGGGGCUUGUACUUUGAUCUCGAUGACGACGGCCUCAAAUCUAGAGUUGCACCUGGUACAAGGGUACUGGAGAUCGAACUCAGUCGUAAAGAGAAGAGGUGGAAGAAAGAGGCGGACGAGAGGAUGGCGGAUCAGACUACUAAGAGGGCUGUUGAGAGCGAUGAGGAUGCACCGGUUGAGAAGCCGUUGGGUGGAGAGAAGGUGGAGGUGAGACCCGGGGUCGGUGCUGAAGUGGGAGAGGGGAAGGAAGAGGAAUGGAGGCCGAUGAAGAUACCGAAGUCUAUCUUUGAGGAUCCGCCGCCCGUGGUGGAGAGUUUGGUUUUUAGAUCGCGGAGUCCACCGCCGGCGUAUUCUCCUGCCGGAGGGGUUGAUGAAGAAACCUUGGCUCCGACGAGAGGGCAAGAUGAAGCAUCUGUUCAGAUAGCUGGUGAGGGUCAGAAUGACAGCCCACCAGUCAUGGGGACUUCCCUGCCUCCUACCGUAAUGGAUUCGGUGCCAGCCGAAGCCCAGUUACAACUCCUUGAAAAGACUGAAAGUCGUUCACAUGAGGCAAACGUCCCACUUGCUCAACCAUCACCGACACUUAUCGAUGAGAUUGGAAGCACUCCGGAGAAGUCAGACUCUACAUCUCCCGGCGAGAAGCGAACUACACCCAAGCUAAACAGAAGCAGCGGCUCUCGAGCUCUAGCCCAAGCUCAGAAGUUUGAAGCCAUGGCAGCAGCGCAAAAGCCUAGUCCUGAGUCUCGAAGACGAUCGAGUGAACGCGGAUCUCGUGCCAACAGCAACACGUCUUCUGUAUACUCCAACGAAGAUGCAUCACUGAGCGUGCCGGGAGUCAGUACACAGCCCCAAGCCUCCCCAACACCAGCCCCUCUAGCACUCGCCGUCUCCAAAGCGAAGCAAGCAAAAGCACUAGCGACACGAUCGCAACCAUCGACGACAUCGAAGCUUACGUCUGAUCCGUCCAUCCAACGACCGAUAACACCGCCCCGCCAACGCGCACCCUCCAUCCGAGAAGACCCAGCCAUAUCCGCAGCUCAAUCUACAUCAAACGCCAGACCGUCCCCGCCCAAGCCCGAGUCCCUCAUCACGACGAUCCACUUCACAGCAGUCAACGCAAAGGCCCACUCCCGAUCGCCGGCAAAGAGAUCGUUCCAUAUCUGA